GUAGCGUAAAGUACUUUACUACUGUGGGGUUGAUUUUAGCAAAAUGUCUAACAAUUAUGGCAUAUCUGAUGCCGAUCUAAAUAUUGUUAAACAGCAGGCGGCGCGCCGCGCUGCCAUGAGGAAAGAAUUCUUUAAACAAAGUACAAAUCCUUGGAAACAUGCAUCGGAAGCUGGUUAUGUUUUUGAUCCAGCAAUACAGAAGUUCAUGUCAAUGAAAGUGACUCAGUUUGACCAUUUCAAACCUAAUAUGAGAAACAGUUUAUUUGGAAUUUGUGUUAUUGUUGUGCCCAUGUUUGCAUAUGGUUACUUGAUUUGGAACGACAGAGAAAAACGUGAACACAAGAUUAGAACAGGAGAACUUCGCUAUAGAGAUAGGGAUUUCAAACUUGCAUAAUUUUAUUUGUCAUAUAUUUAGAUUAUGAUUUUAUAGUGUUAAAUAAAUCCCUGUAAAUUGC